AUGUCGGUUGCGGCCGAGUCUGCUGUUGUCUUGGGUGGCUGUGCUGUGAUGUCGUCUGAUGUAAAGCAGAUGCUUCCCUAUGCUGACUACCCUCCAAUUGACAGUAGCAAGACUCUGGUGAGGAUCUCAAAGCGGCAGAGAGUUGUCAAGCAGUUGGUGAUGCGAUGUGUGUCCAACAACAUUCCCAUGCCAGACAUUCUGGCCUACCUUGUCGUGGCUGUGAGAGACUGGGAAAGAGCUUCGAUGAGCAAGAGAACAUUUGAGAGGCUGAUGCUGGACAGUCGCCGUGCCAUUAAGGAGCAACUGGGAAUGGGAGACUUCGAGGUGAACAACGAUGCCGUGCCUGAUCAGCCAGUGCCUGUUUUGUCCAGAGAAUCUGAGUCUGGAUAA